UUACUGGCGCUGUUGUCAACUUUGCGAUCGCCAAUAGAUAGACGCUAUACUAACUGCUGAACCUCUGCUAAGAGUGCUGACGCUGAGUACCAGAGUGCUGCCUAGGCCUGGUACUGCUAGGAGUGCCAGUUGUGGAUUUAUCGUACAAGAGCAAUUUAUUUGAGUUAUUGUGAUUAUAUACAACAAAGAGAAAAAGUAACUUUUUUUAAAUAUAAAUCGGUUAUACUAUGAAAAAAAUAGAAGAUAAACAGACUGAAGAAAUGGAGUAUGAUGAUACUACUAGUAGUAGUAGUAGUAGUAGUAGUAGUAGUAAUGAUGACAGUCAAGAUGAUAACGACAUGAGUGAAGGAGAAUAUGAAGAUGAUGAUAUGAAAACAAAAAAAGUUUUUUUACCAGGAAAUGAACUAGAAGAAGGAGAAGAACUUGUAGUGGAUGAAUCUGCAUACCGCAUUCUUCAUCAAGCACAGACUGGUGCACCAUGUCUAAGUUUUGAUGUGAUAAAAGAUGACUUAGGAAAUUUAAGAGAAACUUAUCCUAUGUCAAUGUACUUAAUAGCUGGUACUCAGGCUCCAAGAGCAAAUGUCAAUAAUCUUCUUGUUAUAAAAAUGUCAAACUUACAUGGAAUUCAUGCUAAAAAUGAAUCUGAUGAUGAUUCGAGUGACUCUGAAGAUGAGGAUAAUACAAAAUCUCCAGUAAUGAGUGUGGCAUCAAUCAGGCAUCAAGGAUGUGUAAAUAGAGUACGAUGUACUCAAAUUGGAAACACCACAUUAGCAGCAAGUUGGAGUGAAUUAGGACGUGUUAGCUUAUGGAAUUUGAAUGAAGAACUGAGAUCUGUAGAUAGUCAAAGUUUAUUAUCAGCAUAUCAAAAGAAAUAUGAAAAAGCAGAAACUUCAGUUAAGCCAAUUUUCACUUUCAAAGGACAUCUAAGUGAAGGAUAUGGAAUAGAUUGGUGUCACACAGAGACUGGUACAUUAGCUACUGGUGAUUGCAAAGGAAAUAUUCAUAUUUGGCGAUGCAGUGACAAUGGAGGAACUCAGAGUUGGAAUGUUGAUCAAAGACCAUAUAGCUCUCAUGUUCCUUUUAGUGUUGAGGAUUUACAGUGGUCUCCAAAUGAAAGACAUGUAUUAGCAUCAUGUUCUGUAGAUAAAAGUAUAAAAAUAUGGGAUACUAGAGUUAAUCCCCAUAACGCCUGCAUGCUAACAGCAUUAGAUGCUCACUCAGCUGAUGUGAACGUUAUAUCUUGGAAUAGGAAAGAAACAAAGUUUCUUGUUUCGGGUGGUGAUGAUGGAGCAAUCAAAGUGUGGGACUUGCGACAAUUUACUAAUGAUGGAGCAUCUUCUCUUGCUACAUUCAAACAGCACACAGCACCAGUAACAACUGUAGAAUGGCAUCCUGAAGAAGCAACAGUGUUUGCUUCUGGAGGAGCUGAUAACCAAAUUACACAAUGGGAUUUAUCUGUAGAAGCUGAUCAAACCGAAGAAAAUAAUGAUGAAGAUAUUGCAAAAUUACCACCUCAAUUACUUUUCAUUCAUCAAGGACAAACUGAUGUAAAAGAGUUACACUGGCAUCCUCAGUGUCCAGGAACAAUCAUUUCUACUGCACUAUCUGGUUUCAAUAUUUUCAGAACAAUUAGCGUUUAAUUUUUUUAUACAAAUCGAGAAUUUAAUUAUUACUACAAUAAAUUAGUUUUAAGUAAAUGUUAUCGAACAUUUUGUCAUAAAAAUUUUUAAUUAUAGUGAUUUAUGAAUUGUA